CAAUGUGUCAAGUUGAAGUCAAAAUGACUGAAUGUGCAUGUUGAGUAAACAAAUAUUUUUAUAAAAUUCAUUAACUAAGAGAUGUCUUAAAACAAACAGUGAAGAGUGCAGGUUCUAAAAUGUUUCCUACAAAUCAUAAAACUAUUUUCGUACUCGAUCAUACCCCAUACUUUGGUAUAUCAUCGGACAAUCCAAUAGACUUCGAUGUCUCUAAAAGCCGGGGCCCUGGCUAUGUCCCUUUACCGCCUGUUUGCAAGUCGCUAUGGACUUGCAGCGUGGAAGCUGCAGUUGAAUACUGCCGAAUAGUAUGGGAUUUAUUUCCUGAAGGAAAACUGGUCCGAUUUGUUGUCAGUGAUUCUGCAGCACACAUCCUUAACACUUGGGUUGCAACACAACAGAACUUAACACAUAUUCUAAAUGGCUUGUGCCUCGUUGGCGCGGUGCGGCGUGGCGCUGGAGGUGACGUCGUGGGCCUCUGUGCCGCCAUUGAAGCCCUAAGUGAGCCAUCACCAACACAAUCUGCUAGACCAAACUCAGAAGCGCUUUUCCAAAAUAGGGGUCGAAUAAUCUGCAUAACAAGUGCACGAGAUGAUGACUCUAUAAGGAGUCUGGCAGAAAUAGCAUUGAAUGCUCUCAUCCAGCAGAACAAAAAAGCUUCCAGUCAACCCAGUACCUCCGAGUCAACAAGCACUGCUCAACCACAGGCCUACCCUAUCCAAUAUUGCCAUUUAGUAAUAAUAAACGUUACUCCAGAGAAAGCCGAAAUCAGAGUGAAUAAUCAAUCUUUAACAGAGAUGGGGAACGGACUGAUGGGCGUCGAAGUGAUAGUGUCCAGAGCAAGUGCGCUGGCAACACUGCUCGGGCGUUUGGUGCUGCCACAUUACAAGCUGGUCACAACCACCGUCACCGGGAUACCUAUGAAGGAAGAGCAAAACGCGAGCUCCAGCGCGAAUUACGACGUAGAGAUUAUUCACUCGGCUGAGGCUCACGCCGGUCUCCGAGCGGCACAAACAGCUGCGGAAGCCACGGAAUCUGUAGUCCUGCGGUGGUGGACGCCGCGCGGCGCGGGCGCGGAGGGCGGCGCGGGCGGGUGCGGCGGGCCGCUGUGGCGCGUCACGCCCGCCGACGUGGCGUCGCGCCCGUCCGCCUGCCUCGUCAACUUCCUGCUCAACGGCCGCUCCGUCACGCUGGAGGUGCCCAGGAAGGGCGGUGGCAGAUCAGCCUCGCACGUCCUGGCGGCGCAGGGCGGCGAGCUGUGGAUCGGCGCGCUGGGCGGCCGCGCACCCUACGACGAGCCGCCCGCCCUGUCCGAGGGCGCCGGCGGCCGCGUCACCGACUACAGAAUAAAGGAGUUUGGCGCGCUCAUGCAGCAAAACCGGCUGUUCCCACUGCGCGGCGCCGGCGCUAAUGCGCGGGCCAAGGCGCGCCUGCAGCGCCACACCACCUACUGGCCGCUCACCAUCUCCUCCACGCUCGUCUUCAACCUGGGCUCCGUGAUGGAGCCCCUGACACGUCUGGUGGUGCAGGAGACACUGACGGAGGACGAGGUGGACACGUGCCGCGGCGUGCUGCUGUCGCUGUUGGGAAUGGAGUCGCGACACGAGUUCCCCACUGCCCAGCUACCUUCAAACUUGAGAGGCAAGUCGAGCAGUCGCCGCGAGGAGCAAUGGCGGCAGGUGUGGAGCGAGCUGGAGGCGCUCGUGCGCGCGCACUCCGCCUCGCCCGCGCACCGCGCGCUGCUGCGCACGCUGCUCGAGUGCCGCGCGCACAACCACCAGGACAGUGACAACCGCGCAUCCGUAAUUCGCGCGACGACCGACUCGCCGCUGUCGCCGACGGGUGCGGGCGCGGGCGCGGGCGCGGGCGACGUGUGGGCGGCGCGCGGCGCGCUGGACGCGCUGCUGGGCGCGCCGCGGCCCUCGCGCCGCCCCGACUUCGCGGGCCGCAUGGCCGCCGCCGGCCGCCAGGCCGUGCUCUACCAGCACCUGCAGCAGGACGUGGAGGCGCAGCAUUAAACUUCGCGGGCCGCAUGGCCGCCGCCGGCCGCCAGGCCGUGCUCUACCAGCACCUGCAGCAGGACGUGGAGGCGCAGCAUUAAACUUCGCGGGCCGCAUGGCCGCCGCCGGCCGCCAGGCCGUGCUCUACCAGCACCUGCAGCAGGACGUGGAGGCGCAGCAUUAAACUUCGCGGGCCGCAUGGCCGCCGCCGGCCGCCAGGCCGUGCUCUACCAGCACCUGCAGCAGGACGUGGAGGCGCAGCAUUAAACUUCGCGGGCCGCAUGGCCGCCGCCGGCCGCCAGGCCGUGCUCUACCAGCACCUGCAGCAGGACGUGGAGGCGCAGCAUUAAACUUCGCGGGCCGCAUGGCCGCCGCCGGCCGCCAGGCCGUGCUCUACCAGCACCUGCAGCAGGACGUGGAGGCGCAGCAUUAAACUUCGCGGGCCGCAUGGCCGCCGCCGGCCGCCAGGCCGUGCUCUACCAGCACCUGCAGCAGGACGUGGAGGCGCAGCAUUAAACUUCGCGGGCCGCAUGGCCGCCGCCGGCCGCCAGGCCGUGCUCUACCAGCACCUGCAGCAGGACGUGGAGGCGCAGCAUUAAACCUACCCUCCCACCCGCCCUUCUAAUCUCAUUCUUACAAUUUGAAUCGAAUCGGAGGGCGGACGGUGGACUAUUCGAAGAUUAGGUGCGACGACUUCGCUUUUGGUUGUGCAUUGCGCAUUUCCACCGCUUGCGAUAGAAUGAUGAGGCUUUGUCGUAUAUGAUGCCGAAACUACGCCUUUCAAAUCAGUACAGUAGAAAAUGUAGGAAAAGGGAAUAUAAUAAUAAGCGUUAUUUCCAGCACCGGGGUUAUUCCUACUUAUCACUGAGUUGUUUCCGGAAUUACAACAGAGAUUUUUUUUGUACUAACUAUUGCGUAUUUUUAAGGUUCCGUAGCCAAAGGGCAAAAAACGGAACCCUUAUAGAUUCGUCAUGUCCGUCUGUCUGUCCGUUUAUGACACAGCCACUGUUUUCCGAAACUAUACUGUUCAAACUUGGUAAGUAGAUGUAUUCUAUGAUCCGCAUUAAGAUCCUCACACAAAAAUAGAAAAAAAAAAUGAAUUUUGGGGGUUCCCCAUACUUACUUUUUUCAUCAAACCCAUACGUGUGGGGUAUCUAUGGAUAGUAUGGAUAGGUUUUCAAAAAUGAUAUUCAGGUUUCUAAUUUUUUUUUUUUCUAAACUGAAUAGUUUGCGCGAGAGACACAUCCAAAGUGGUAAAAUGUCCCGUCCCCCCCUGUAACUUCUAAAAUAACAGAAUGAUAAAACUAAAAAAAAUAUGUGAUAUACAUUACCAUGCAAACUUCCACCGAAAAUUGGUUUGAACGAGAUCUAGUAAGUAGUUUUUUUAAUACGUCAUAAAUGGUACGGAACCCUUCAUGGGCGAGUCCGACUCGCACUUGGCCGCUUUUUUCUCGGUUGUUACCACUGAAAACAGCCCGCGUAAGCAACAUGCCUAUCGAGUUUUGUAACCAGAUACAAAAUAAGAAAAUUUACUCUUUUCUCAUAACCAGUCACAAACUCAAACAUUCUCGGCCGCUUUUGUAACUGUUUUGUAACCGCUGUGAGGUUACAAAAGAAAAAAGUUUUAUCUUUUCUCGUUACCAGUUACAAACUAUAGGACAUUGUAGGAGAGGCCGGAAAACCGCUCAAAGAUGGAUGGAUGAGUUUGAGGGCCGACACGUUAGUGGAGCCCCUCAAAUAAUACGAGUCCAUCUUUAGCGUUUCCGGCCGAGGCAUUACAUAGUGCUUUUCACGACUACUGCGAGGAAAUAAUAAAACAUUUGCAUAACUAUAAGUACUUUAAUAGACAUUAAUAUUUAUAUUGGCAAAAGGACAAUUGUUGAAAGAAUGUGAUGUUAUCAAACACAAUUUACACUAUCCAAUUCAGUAAGUAUUUUCCGAUCCCACCUUUUUUACUUUUUUUAUCACUUUUAAGAGGCGUUUUUCUGUUGUUUGCUUCAAACCGACUCUAAACUUAGAAGGGUUUUUGCUAAAAAACCACAAAUAGCUACAAAAGUAAACUGUAGCUAAAAAAGUACAGGUGCUACAGCUAUUGCCUACUUUCCAGCUUGGUUUUAGACCAUCUAUUGCCACAUUUCCGAACAGUGGCGUGAAAUCAGAAAUUAUUUAUUUGCAUUGUUACAGUGUGUAAAAUAUUUUUUCUGCCGUCCGGGCGGAAAGCGUCAACUUUGCUCCCGCUGCGCUAAACGAAGUUGCCGCUUUUCGCCUCCGUCGAGCAGAAAAAUAGUAUGCGCACCACGGGAGGAAACGUAGGACAUUCCAUCCCGCGUGUUUGCCACCCUCGCCUUCGUCUCGGGUAACAAUUUUACACGCCGCACGCAAUUUCCUACAUUUCCUCCCUUGGGACACAAAUAACUAUUACUGGUUUGUAACUGAUUAUGAGAAAAGAGUAAAUAUUCUUAUUUUGUACCUGGUUACAAAACUCGGUUACAUACGCGGCCGAAAGGGGAGCGUUAACGUAACGAUUGGCAUGUUGACUACGCAGGUAGGUGAAAAAAAAUCUGGUGGUAGGUGGUAAUCAAUGGGGAUGGUAACCAAUGGCCCAACCACGUGGAAACAACCCUAAUGUACAUACAUACAUUAAUGCAAAAAAAACAACUCAAAUUUAUAACCACGCAGAACAAGCAAACAUGUAUCAUUGUCCUCCGCUGACGUACCAAAAUCACCGCACUCAUUUAUUAAAAAAAGAAUCAACAAUUGACAAUAUUUUAUUUUUAUAAGUGGACGUUUUACAAGAGUAUCAAAAGAAAAUUAAAUUCUAAAAUGAACGUAUUUUUUUAUUUCACCCGAAAACUAAUAUUUCAUUUAAAAAUACCAAAUCUAAAAGAAAUUAGGAGUCUGAAUUUAAAGAACUCGACUUGUUUUUACGAGCCUCGGCGCUUAAAUAACUUCCGAGUGUUUUAAGUUCCGAGGCGAGUCCUUUAUCGAGUCUUUUUUUAGAGCAUCGCAAAAGGACUCGAGCCUCUGAAUAAAGACUCCUGCAAUAAUUUUAUAGGUUUUAACAGUAAAGAAAUUACAAUAUGAUUUGUGUACCUAAUCCUCACAUUGUAUUACUUAAAGAUGUAUUCAAUACGUAGGUACUGGUACGCUAUGAAAUGUCCGUUUCCAGUGUAAAGUCCGAUAAUGUAAAUAAUUUGUAUUAUUGAUGAUGAAUUGUCAUUCUUGUUAACUAUUUGAGACUGGCAUAGAAUUUAAGUAUAAAUCUGUAAAUAAAUUGUAGAACUGUUCGUCGAUUAUGUGGUAAUCAGACAAUGCUAUUGUAAAUUGUAAGGGAAUAAUAAUGAAAAUGAACACAAUGAGUGUAUUGUGUGUGCUUUUUUGUAGGCGUGUAAGUUAGUAAUAAAGAAUUAUAUUUUGCA